GCAGGGAGGUAGCGGACAUCACGGGAGAGGAUGGGAGCAGAGUAGGUAGGUGCCUGGGUUCCCGGGUACCUCUAGGGACAGGCAUAUGCCUCGUGUGGUUUCCCACAGCCUCUCUGCCCUUCGUCAUCCUGACUCUGGUGAACACACCGUACAAGCGGGGCUUCUACUGUGGCGAUGACUCCAUCCGCUACCCCUACCGCCCGGACACCAUCACCCACGGGGUCAUGGCCGGGGUCACCAUCACAGCCACUGUCCUCCUCGUGUCAGCCGGCGAGGCUUACCUGGUGUACACGGACCGCCUCUACUCGCGUUCCGACUUCAACAACUAUGUGGCUGCUGUCUAUAAGGUCCUGGGGACCUUCCUGUUUGGGGCGGCCGUGAGCCAAUCACUGACUGACCUGGCCAAGUACAUGAUCGGCCGUCUGCGUCCCAACUUCCUGGCUGUCUGUGACCCUGACUGGAGCCGGGUCAACUGCUCGGCCUAUGUGCAGCUGGACAGAGUGUGCAGGGGAAGCGCGGCCAAUGUCACCGAAGCCAGACUGUCUUUCUACUCCGGACAUUCUUCCUUCGGCAUGUACUGUAUGGUGUUCUUGGCGCUGUAUGUGCAGGCGCGGCUCUGCUGGAAGUGGGCACGGCUGCUGCGGCCCACAGUUCAGUUCUUCCUGGUGGCCUUUGCCCUCUAUGUGGGGUACACCCGCGUGUCUGACCACAAGCACCACUGGAGUGAUGUGUUCGUCGGUCUCCUGCAGGGGGCGCUGGUGGCUGGCCUCACUGUCCACUACGUCUCAGACUUCUUCAAAUCUCGGCCCCCGCUGCCCUGUCAGGAUGAUGAGGAGCUGGAGCGCAAGCCCAGCCUGGCGUUGACGCUGACCCUUGGCGAGGCUGAGUCCAACCGUUACGGGUACCCGGCCGCUUCCUCCUGACCUGGAUGCCAGGCGGCCAUCUGUAGGACUGUCCUCUGGGUUCCCAGUUCCUGGACAGGCAGCCAGGGUGGGCUCUGGACAGGACUCAGCAUCCCAAGCUGACAGCAGUGGCAAUUUGGUACUGGACUGGAGAUCUCGAGGUGCCUUUGCCAGUCCUGUGCAUUUAGUGCGGCCUGUCCUUAGUUCCUUGAAUGCCCCUCUUUUAUUUUGUGGGUGAAGGAAGGUUCCCAGAGGGUGGUGGAUGCUGCUUCUGCUAGACAUGAGGUAUAUCUGGGGCUUGAGCAUAACUAGUUCACUGAGUAUCUCAGAGCACCUGCUCUACUCUGAGGCAGGUGCUCAUUGCAGAGUGGACUCACCCUGGGGCCCGCCCCUCCAUCUACUCUAUGGCUCAUUGGGGAUAAGGUCAUUGGGUGGGUCAGCUGUGGCCCCCUGACUCCCUCGAGGGCCUGCAGUGGCCCUGGGGCUGCCCUGCAGGAAGCUCGGCUCACCUUGGUGGUCUGGGUUGGGGGGGGGGUACAGGUGAGGACACAGAUGCUGUUCUGUCCAGUCGGCCUCUGGGCCUUGGAGUCUGGGGUCAGCGGCAAGAGGCACUAGAUUUGGGUCUGGAUUCCUUCCUCUCUGAUUGCUCUUGGUCCUCACUGACCAUCCAUAGCCCUGCUCUGAGGCUUCUGGACAUCCCGUGUGACAUGGGAGGUCCUCCCAGCUGCUUGCCAGCCCCAGGCCACCCAGAGUACAGACCCUGGGGGGGAGGGGAGGCGGUCAGGCCUUGAAGGAGCCUGGUCUGUCCUUUGCUGGUGGCCAGUGGGACUCAGAGCUGCUGCCCAUGGCCUGUGCCCCGAGUCCUGACCCUCCUGGCCACACACAGACCCACGUGCGUGGCCAAGGCUUCUGGAGAGGGCACUGCAGGCCAGUGGUCUCCGUUUCUCAGCACACUCAGAGGUCACUUUUUCAUAUUUUUUUAAAAAUCAAAUACCUUUGUGAUGGUCAUUUGUUGUUUUAAAUUUUUUUUUGCGGAUAUUUUAUUUGUGCCCUGAACCUGGGCUUUAUUUCUCCAUCCCGUGUGGUAUGCCCAUGUCAGGACUUAGUCGGGAGAUG